AUGACUAAAAUACGAGCAUCAAAGCUACGUACUAAACCAGAGUCAGAACUCCAAAAGCAACUUGGGGAGCUUAAGACAGAGCUCGGCAAUCUCCGUUUGUAUCGGGUAACACGAGGAGCAUCCUAUCAUGGAAAAUUAAAAAAAAUUCGAACCCUUAGGAAGUCCAUUGCUCGUGUAUACACAGUUAUUCACCAAGCGCAGAAACUACGUCAACGUGAGGCAUAUCGUUCGAAGAAAUAUGUUCCGAAAGACCUGAGGCCGAAGAAAACUAGAGCCGUACGCAGAAGGCUCACUAAAAAAGAGCAGUCGAUUCAUUCUGCACGGUCUAUGCGUAAGGCGCGUGCAUUCCCUCCUCGUGUGUUUGCUGUUAAAUGCUAA